AUGGCCUUAGCGACGACGCUCAUGGUCAUGGCGCUGCCCACCCAAAAGCCUCGCAUCGGCUUCAGCAUCGAGUCGAUCGUGGGUGGCGAAAAGGGCCCAUCGCCAACACCACCAGCAGCCCACCCACCGGUGCCACACUUUUCGCCCAGCAGCGAAUCUUCCGAGCGUCCGUUGAGUCCUCUCAGUGAUGGUGCUUUUCCGCCUGAAACACAUCCGCUGCUUUUCCAGAGCCGUGGAGGUCACCUUCAGCACCUGCCUCAUCAGCGGCCUUUUCUGUUGCAGCAUCAGCAGAAUCGUGGGCAACCCACCGGAACACCGCCUGUUCCGUUGGAGUUGAAUGUCCGUAACGAGCCCUCGGAGUCUCCUCGAAGUCCUGGCUUUCGAGCGUCGUCGAUGCGGAUGAUCGAUCUGAGCAGUGGUUCUAGCCGCAGUUCACCACCUCCCCAAGGGCGGUUUUCUCCCGAACCGGACCACUUGGGGAGCCGGCGAAGAGACAGAGAAUCCCCGCGAAGUCCGGAAUCAUCGCAAGGAUCGGGUAAAGGUGGUCCCAUCGUGGUGCCCGGUAUUCCGGCUGGUCUGGUGCGACCUUUUCCGAUGGGUCCUGGGACCGGUGAGUUGAAAACGCUGCCACCGUUCAUGAGUAACAAUGCGGCGGCUGAAUUGGCCGUGCAAGCGGCUCACAACCAGCAUUUCCUGGCGGCGCAAUUCCAAGCGGCUGCCGCGUUACAAGCUCACGUGCAGGCCCAUGGAGGGCAGGCUGGAUUUCCCGGACAUCCGGUGCACCUUCACCAUCAUCAUCCGGCCGCUGGGAUGCCACGAGACAGCUAUCCGCUCUACCCGUGGCUGCUGAGUCGGCACGGUCGCAACGUUUUUCCGCCACGCUUUCCCGGGAACUACUUGCUGCCCUUUCGCAAGCCAAAACGCGUCCGGACGGCUUUCUCACCGUCGCAGCUCCUGAAGCUGGAGCACGCCUUCGAGGGCAACCACUACGUGGUCGGUGCGGAACGGAAAUCGCUGGCGCAGGUCCUCAGCCUCACCGAAACGCAGGUCAAAGUGUGGUUCCAGAACCGGCGCACGAAGCACAAGCGCAUGCAGCAGGAAGAGGACGCCAAAUCCGGUGGCACCGGUGGUGGUGAUGGCCAGCAGCAGCACCAGCACAGCCCCGGCAGUCCGAAUGCUAGCUAUGAGGACGAGGACGACGAGGACGAGCUGAUCGACAUGGAGAUGGAUGACAAUUGUCCCAGCGAGGAGGACGAGCAGGACCAAGGCUGA